AUGUCAACCACAUUGUACGGACAUCGACCCUCGUCACACGGGCAUUUUCGGAAUUUAGUGCAGGUUGGUUAUUUGUCUUCUCGGUCUGCACCGCAAGUGGAGACACAACGUGAGGAGGCACUGUUGAGCAUUUCGACGUAUUCGGGAAUUCCGGGAUUCUUCAGUACCAAACCAUUCUAUCUACCUCCUCGCAAUCCUAACGAUGGAACACACGGGGCUGUGGAGAAAGGACUUGGAUACGGAGCUUUCGGUGUGGUCUGGUCUGUGAUCGAUCCGCGCGAUGGUCAAAAAGUGGCAUUGAAACGUAUUCCCCGGGCCUUUCAUAAUGCAAUCACCGCCAAACGCGUGUAUCGCGAGUUCAAAAUGCUUUCCUGCCUCAAACAUGACAAUUUAGGUCUGGUUCCUGAUCUGCUGAGUGGUGGUGGUGGUGGAGUGAUCGUCAAUCUGAUUGAUGUGGUCAAAACGGAACGUUUUAUGAACUUCGACGAAAUGUAUCCUUUUUCCAUUGGUCAGUUUUCGACCACACCCAGUCGAGAUGUGCUUGUGCAGCUAGGCCUUGCAUGCUUUUUGUUCGAACUGAUGCAAACGGAUUUGCACAAAAUUAUCGUCUCUCCUCAACCUCUUUCAUUGGACCAUGUGAAAAUUUUUGUCUAUCAAAUUCUUCGCGGUUUAAAAUAUUUGCAUUCAGCGCGCAUCAUUCAUCGCGAUAUCAAACCAGGCAACAUGCUGGUCAACUCCAAUUGUCUUCUAAAGAUUUGUGAUUUCGGUUUAGCCCGUAUGGAUGAUCCGUAUGGGGAGGCUUUGCUCACUCAAGAAGUAGUCACUCAGUACUACCGUUCACCAGAAUUGCUCAUGGAAGCCACACGUUAUUCAUACGCUGUGGAUAUUUGGAGUGUGGGAUGCACCUUUGCUGAGCUCCUCGGUCGGCGUAUACUUUUUCCGGUACGUUGA